UUCACAUCUCAUUUCUCGAUUUAUUCCUUCUUCACCUCUAUUGAGUUGGAAUUGAAAAAAGGUUCCAAGAAAUGGCUAAUCGUUCUCUAGUUUCCCUUUACAAGUUCCUUUUCAGGCACCCUUUUCAAUCAUCUGCAAAACCCACGUCUCCUUUUCUCUUUAAAUCCCUUUCUCCGUUUCAAACUCAACUCGCGGCCAACUCUGUCCCAUCUCCGAGACCUGCCUCUUUUCGAUUCCCAGUCUUCCAAACCUCACAAGUUCAGCACCCAAUUUACCACAUCCUGAGGAAGUACAGUUCUGAGUCACCAGCAUCCAAGUUGGAUGUGAACAAGGAGGUGGACUCGAUCAACCUCAAGUUUGCAGAGGCAAGAGAAGAGAUAGAGAUGGCAAUGGAGUCUAAAGAGACCGUUUAUUUCAACGAAGAAGCAGAGUGUGCUCGUGCUGUUGUUAAAGAGGUUUUGGACAUGUUUGAAGGGCUUUUAGGAAAGCUACCAGAGGCCGAAAAGGCUGCUUUGCAACGUUCAAUGGGACUUAAGAUUGAGCAGCUCAAGGCUGAGCUUCAACAGUUGGAUGAUUGAUGAGUCUUACAGAGGUGGAUAUGGAAGUCAUCCUCCAAAUAUGAGGAAAUGCUUUGAAGAAAUUGAACCUACCUUUGUCCAAUUCAUACUUGCAUCACACUUAUGUCCAAAUCCAAGUGACAUAGAGCCAGGCAUUCUAUACUUCUCUCUUCUCUUUCUUGUGAACCACAAAAUUUAUGUAUUUUCUAAUGGUUUAAGAAAUAAAUUGCUCGUCUGUAAACAGAUCUGCUGUUAUUAGUACAUUACCCAAAAUGAGUCAAGCUUUAUUUAUGACUUAGUUUGAAUACUUGGUCUUGUAUCAAUGUAAUCACUCUAAAUUACUAGUUCGAUAGAUUAGUUUUGCUUGUUUUGAACCUACAAUCCUCUUGCUAAUCUGCAAGUCAAUACAGAUAGCAAGUUUGCACUUAGUGUUUGUGACUGUAUGUUUCAGAUAUGGGUUCUUCCUAGAAAGAAGCUAAUGUGUAUUAGAUUGCCCUAA